AGGAUAUAUAUACUGCAUGAAACUUGUCAUUUCUUUGGACUUGCUGUGGACUAAUCACGCAAGUGCCUUCUGCUAUCCGGAGAGCAGAAUAAACUCUUUCUUUGAACCAACUCGGUGUCAUUUUGACUUCCUCCUGUCCCGGAGCAACGCAGACCCAAUCGGUGAACUCCAAUAAGGCUACACUCAAGUCAUCAGUAGAUGGGCAAUAUCAAUGGAGUAUGCUCUGCUCAGCCUUGUGUAUGCCCAGGGUUGCUCAGUUUAUGGUGAAAAAUGAUCCUGCAGACGUAUCAAACAGCUACUGCCAUUCAGACUGGAUUGGAGGUACAGUCUAACUCUGCAAUUGGAGAAGAGACCCCAUGCAACUUGGUUUGUCCCUUGCUGUCAGCCAUUUAGACACUGGAGGAUUGGGCAGGAGGAUUAUAAAAGAGAAGCUACCUUGAAGCACCUGUAAGUCUGAAAAGAAUCAGGAGACUCAUCUGGGCUUCGCUUGUGAUUUCCACCUGUGACAGGUGUUUCCAGGGGUCAGCUGUAAGAAGAACUUAGCUGGACACAACCUUCGGAAAGCAAGAAAAUAAAGUCGGAGGGGCUGAGUCCGAUCCUGAGGCGGAGAGAUGAUUUUUCCUUUGGCGAGGGGAGCUCUGGGCUUCGGGGCUCGUGGCGUGCAGCGUACUGCGGCAAGACAAGUUCACAGCAACCAUGGGCCUGAUUUUCAUGACAAAUAUGGCAACUUGAUUUUGCUUGGUGGGGCUCUGUUUUGUGUCUCCAUUUGGAGCUAUGUUGUGACACAAACAGGGAUAGAAUGGAAUUUGUCUCCUAUUGGUCGAAUUACCCCAAAAGAAUGGAGAAAGGAGUAGAGAUGCUGGGUUAAAUCCUCCACUGAAAAGUUGGGAGCAGCCAUGGGUUCGCUGGAGCUUUUAUUGGAAUAUACUAAUACUAUGCCUGUAGAGGGCACAAUUAUCUGUGAUUUAAUAAAUGCAUUUAAACAUUAAAAAAA